CGCAGUUACUGCGGGUGGUUCGUUUGAUCCUUCCGAUAAUAAAACCUAUGAUGAAGAAUUUGGUGAAAAAGAAUGGGGUGAAGAAGAAUGGGGUGAUGACGAAGAUAGUGGUUGGGAUGAUGAUGAUGACACUGAGAAGAUACAAAACCUAAAAAAUAAAGAUUUUAAAUUAGCGUGGAAGAAAGAUAGUAAACUAGAAAAGACAAAACGUGGUCGAUACAUGACGGGAAAAAUUCCAAGAUCAAGUUAUUAUGAAAAAUAUGGACCGACUGGUUUAUUUACCAAAGCAGCCGUUAAUACUAAAAAAAUCACAAAUUUUUUUAAAAUUAAUGAUCAAGCUGCAAAUGUACAACUCAAUGAAAUAGAACAAAUUUCAAGCGAUUCGGAAGAUGAA